AGAGAGAGAGAGAGAGAGAGAGAGAGAGAGAGAGAGCUGUGGAUUCCGGUGAGUUUAGACAUAGAGAGCAACCUGUGGAAAGAAAAAUAUUUCGUGUCUGUUUCGUGAAGUUUUUCAUUGUAAGCACACACAUAAUAUGCUCUUAUUGUGUUCACGAUUACUGACAAAAUAAUUGCUUGACUCGGUUAUUACGACGACUGUUUCACUCUCUUGCUACCACUCGUAUUUUGGAUGCAUGUCUUUGUUUUUUUGAACAGUAAAAGGAACUUAAAUAAUAAUGCAUGUUUGCAUCAAGCAUGGCGCAGUUCGUUGAAGUUCCUUCAAUACGCAUUUAAUGAUUUUCUCCGAAGUUAGCCCAGUAAGGAGUGCCCAGGGUGACGGGGGAUCUGUUCUUCCUUUGCUUCAUCUGUGGCACCGAUCCAAAAGUAAAAGUGUGUCAAACCUGAAAGUCAAACAGUAACACUGGAAAUUGUUGUCUUGUCAUAAAUGAUAUUUGAUGUUGUACUGCUACCAUUUCACGGAACUUGUUUGAUGCACGCGAAGCAGAAUGGAUGAGAAGUCACACUAACGAUUCACGGCGUUAUCAAAUCAAGCUUACUCAAGGCUCUGAAGUACAGCAUGAGGUCUCUGUAGAAUACUAUAUUUGUGAGAUUGAUCAGGUCGCCCCCAAGUGCUUGACAAAACUGCCGCAUUUCUUGCCAAUGUGCCAAGAUGCUGUGAUGAUGCAAGUAGCGGCCUGCCACCUACAUGAAGGGACUGGCAGACCACCUCUGUAGUACUCGUAAAGUACAAUAACAAGACAUCAGAGAUGGUCUCCUGCUGUUCAUGCCUUCACUGGGGAAUAACGUGAUAACUUUUGGUAAUAGUACGUAAUUGAAUAUUGAGAACACGCACACACACACACACACACACACACACACACACACACACACACACACACACACACACACACACACACACACACACACACACACACACACACACACACACACACGCACGCACGCACGCACGCACGCACGCACGCACACACACACACACACACACACACACACACACACACACACACACACACACACACACACACACACACACACACACACACACACACACACACACACACACACACACGUAUCUGUUUGUUUGGAAACAGUAUCUUUCACAAAUGAAACAUGAGCUUAUUCCCGCGCACCAUGAGAAAUAGUUUUGUGUGAGACACACUAAGGUGAUAAAACUGAUACAGGAACAGUUUUCGAAGAUGAGAGAUCAAGGUGUGAAGGUAUAAGAUGGUGUUGGUGGUUGCGGGCAAUGUCACUCCUGUGUCCUUCCUUCACGAACCACCACCACCAUCCCCACUAACGCGGCAGCAACAUAAGUAGCUCCAAACAAGCACCACACACCAGUACUGACACAUGGGACAAAAGAAAAUCAGCACAAUGACUGACUUCGGGCUGCUGUCUUUCCUGGGAACCCUGGCCAUGGUGGUGGCGACGGACGUCAACUCAUCAAAUACCGAGUGCCACAGCCCCUUCACGGAGGUUGCAGGUCGCUGCUUGCAUAUUGAAGUCGCCACCACUGGCUCGUGGCACAAUAUGCGAAAGCUCUGUCAGGACCUUGGGGGUGACCUGGUCAAUCUUUCUGAUCUGCAAUUCUACGGUGACCUCAUUUUGUACAUUAAAAGUUUACAUUUGCCAAACGUUCAUUUGUGGAUCGGUGCCACGGACGAGGCGACGGAGGGCAUCUGGAUGUGGACAGAUGGGACACCCGUCAGGAUGGGCACUCCUUACUGAGCCAACUAUAAGGACAACGUUCAAAUGCCUGCUGGAGGAGAGAAUCAAAACUGUGCUAUGCUUGAUAUAAACAUGCAUUAUUAUUUCAAUGAUUAUGGCUGUUCGUCACCAGAUAUAAGUCCGAUUUGUGAGAAGUACCAUGAGAAACUUUAAAUUUUAGUUACAUAUGAAGAAUAUUUAGAUCACAGUCAAUAUACUGCACGAUGUUCGAAGGGAUAUAAGGUACAGAACUGUCCGAAUCUUAUCAGUGUAAUAAUGUUUAAUGUGCAAACAGUUUUUCUCAUGAUUUUGUUAUGAUUUAAUUUGUAGUACCUUGGAUUAAAGACAUUAUAAAGUUGAUGAAAUGCAUAAAA